UUACAAAAAUUACAAACAAAAUUUUAAAAAUUAAAAAUUUUUUUUGAAUAAAAUUACAAAAAAAUUUUGAAACUCAAAACCACUUUACGCUAUUCAAAGGCAGUGCAAAAUAAACAAAAUAUUGAAUUUUCCACACAAAUACAGUGAAACGAAAACCAGUUGUAAUUAAGCAAAAUUAUUACAACAACAAAUACAAAUUUUAAAUAGCAAUUGCAGUUUAUACAAAAACAAAAAUUAAUUGAAAACCCACAAAUAUACAAGCAUACAAAGCAAAGUCGUUUAAUAAGCUACCAAUAACAACAAAAAAACAAUAAACCGUAAAAAAAAUAACAAAAACAAAAAUAAAAAUAAAAACAAAAGCUAAAUAUCUUACAAAUCUUCAAAGUACAAAGGCGCGCUUAGAUUUUUGCGCACAUUGCAACACUUAUACAUACAUACUUACAUACAUAGCAACAUAGCCGCAUAACGGCAUUGGACCGUAAGCAUUUUCGUAUUGUCGCACUUCAAAUAGUUAAACGCAAAAUAAUUUAGCAACAAUAAAAAAUAAUAAUUUAUAUGAAAAACAACAACAACAACAAAAUAUCAAUAAGAAUUUAUAUAAAAUCAACAACAAUAACAACAAAAAGCAAGUACACACUUAAAUCAAUCACGAACAACUUGUACAAAUAUCAGUAAAAAUUUAGCGAAAAAACAACAACAACAACAACAAAUACAUAUAUAAAGUAGCAAAGUAGAAAUAUUCACACACAGCGAGCAGCGUUUAUAUAAUCACUUUAAAAUCAAUAACAGUAGUUAAAAAAUAAUAAUAAUUAAAAAAUCAUAAAUAAUUAACCCAUACAAAUACACACAUACAUACAUACAUACAAGCAACCCAGCCAGUGAGCAAAAGUUCAAAUUGUUUAGUGAAAAAAAAUUAAAUAAAUUAAAAUAAAUAACCAACGCGUAGUUCAAAACCGUUUAUAAAAGCUUACAAAUACAACAACAAAAACAAAAUCAACAACAAAAACAAAAAUUAAUUACGAAAAAAGGAUAAACUACCUCAAGUCGAAAUUUCAAGUGUACAAAAAGCAAAGUUAAGAAUUACAAAAACAACAACAAAAAGUAAAUUACAACAAAAACGAGUUACAAGCAUUUUCACAAUAAACUUCCCAAAUUAAAAAUAUAUUUAAAAAACAACAACAAUAAGAAAAAAUUUAAACAACAAAAAAUACAACAACAAAAUAAAAAUUACAACAACAAACCACAUAGCUAUAAGAAAAAACAAAAAAAUUAAUUAGCAAAUAAAACAAAAAUUUGAGUAAAUUUACAACAAACACAAGCACAAAUAACGGUGUACAAAGAAAUAAUUUCACGAAAAAAUUUUACAAACAACAACAAAGACAUUUUUUCAAACUUAAAAAACAAUAAAAACUUGUGUUGUGCGUGUUUUUAAGAGAGUGGCAACAACAACAACAUACAGUGUGUAUGUGUGUCAAAGCUCACACAUACACACGCACACACACACAGGUGAUUUUAGCGCAAAAAUAAACCACAAAAAAAUACUUUGUAAUAAAAGCUUUGACGUAAGCAAAUUUCUCACUCGUUUGUCACGUGAGCGGUUCGACCGCAGCGCAUACGGCUCCCGCCAUGCCGAGAGGGGGGCUUAAAUGGCGUCUUCAAUAAUUGCGCAGACCAGCGGCGGCACAGCAGAAACGUCAGCAGCGUUAGCGACUACAACUGCAGCAGCAGCAGCAGCGGUUACUAGCAGCCACUACGGCAGUCAUUUGAGUCAACACGGUUUACAACAACACUACGCGCACGCAUAUUUGCCGGCGGCACACCCGCAAUUGCAGCAUACAUUGCAACAGCAACAGCAACAACAACAACAGCAUCAACAGCAACAGUUCUUAUAUCAACAGCAGCAACAACAACAACAGCAGCAACAACUGGUUGCCGAACAACAACAACAUUGGGAUUAUUAUGCACGCCAACAGCAGCUACAGCACUUGCAAACAAGUCAGCAGCUACAACAACAACCGCCACUUCCUCAACCUCCACCCGCUCGGUCUACUGCUCAACAGCAUAUACAACAACAGCAAUCUGUCGCUGCCGCAACAGCCAAUGCAACCAGCAGCACCACCACCACCUCCACCACAGCCAGCAAUCGCAGCAACCACAACGGUAACAGCAAUAAUGAACAACAACAACAACAGCAACAAUCGCAGCAGCAGCAGCAGCAACAGCACCCGGCUGUAAGCUCACAGUCUAACGGUAAUACUAAUAACGGCGCUAGCAACAGCGCCGCCAACACAAAUAGCAAUAACAAUUAUACGCGUCCUUGGGAAAUGGAGACCAAGGAUCAUCACAGUCAGAGCAAUACGCUGAAGGGGGCCGGCAUCGGCAACAAUAAUGGUAACGGCAAUGGUAGUAACGGUAAUGGCAAUCUUGGCAUCGGCAGCGGUUUCGAACCAUUCUCGAAGCUGCCCUCAUUUCAGAGUCAAUUUCACGGUUACAACGAUCCACUCAUGCCCGACGGCAUUACGCCCAUGGCCACAUCGGUAUUGCCGCCGUCGAUGUCUUCACUGCAAACAGUGGCCAUGUCACCGGCCAGCAUAUCGGUCAGCUCACCGGGUAUGGUGAGCGUGGGUUCACCAUUAACACAGCUGAGCAGCUUGCAAGCGAGCAUCACUCCCCCGUCGGCCGGCGCGGCGGCUACUACGUUUGCGCCACUUGCUGCACCACCACCGCCGCCACCGAAUGCUUUCCAUCACUUGGGUGCGGUGAAUACGCAUGGUCAUCACCGCAGCAGCACCGCUUAUGCACCACUUAUGCCCACCAAUACCGCCACAAUGGGUGGCUUUGGUGCUGGCGGUGCACUCGACGAUGGACGCCAUCACUUGCCUUUGUAUCAAACGCUCACACCGACUUACGCUACACCGCCGCCACCCGGCGCCCUCGCGCCGCUGCCCACACAACAUACACUGAGUGGACUCGGUGGUUUGGGUGGACUCGGCGUCGGUGUCGGUGGCAAGAAAGAUGUUGCACAAACAUUUGAUCUCAAUAAUGGUAAUGGCGUUGGUCUUACACUGGGCGCAACGUCUAUAAAUACAGCUAAUACCAAUGUUACACCAAUGGGUAUGCAUACACCGACCACGCCCUCAUAUGUAGACGGUGGCAUUACGAUGAUGGAUACAUCCAAUGGCGCCCCAGCCGGUUAUCAUACGCCACACUCAACGCAUACUGGUGCGUCUGGCGGUGCGGGACCAGGUGGACCGCAUACACCGCACACCACACAACCGCAUACGCCGACACCGUCGACGACAACACAAAUUAAAGUGGAGAAAGUGUUGAAUUCGCCGAUUGCACGGGUGGAUGCGAGAAAGAAAGAACGUCGGAAAAAUCGGGCGAAUUCGCUCGAGUCCAGCGCAGAGUCCGAGGCAAGUGCUAUGGAUGUAGAUCCCAGCAAUCCCGGACAAGUGGAUGCGGUCUCGAGCACGGCCAAUUUCAAGAGUCCACUCAGCGCGCUCGGCAUGGGCGAUAGUAAUGACACAAACGGCGACAAACAGACUUCUGUCUUUCAGUCGAAGAAGAAACGCAAACGUUGCGGCGAAUGCAUCGGCUGUCAGCGUAAGGAUAAUUGCGGCGAAUGUGCACCUUGCCGCAAUGAUAAAAGUCAUCAAAUCUGCAAGCAGCGACGCUGUGAAAAACUCACGGAGAAGAAGGAACCCAAGUCCAAACAAAUUAUCUACGGUGCCGAUGGUCAACCAAUUCGUGCGGAGAAACGUGGACGCGGUAAAGCGCGUAACACAACGGGCAAUGGAACACCAACAACUGGGGCACGUGGUCGCAAAGCUUCAACCGCCAAGUCGAAUAAAUUAAAUGCCGCCAACGGUGCUGCUACCGCCACAGCAGCUACCACAUCGCCACGUCAAGCCUCAGCGACUGUGACCGCCGCCGCCAAUUCGGCGUUAAGUCCGUCAGCUCAAACGAUAGCCACUGUUGUGCCACAUCAAUCGCCAAAUACGAAUAGCGGUCUACUGGGUGUCGGUGCUAAUCAGCAACAACAGCAGCAGCAAUUGAAUACAUUGCAGCAACAUCAACAACAACAACAUUUGCAACAUCAGCAGCAACACAGUCAACAGCAAGUGCAGUCUAACCAACAGUUGCAACAGCAACAACAGCAUCAGCAACAGCAGCAGCAGCAACAUUCACUUCAUCAGCAACAGCUGCCACAACAACAGCAACAGCAUCAACAUCAGCAUCAGCAACAACAGCAGCAACAUCAGCUGCAACAGCAUCAAAUAACCGCACAAAUACAAACCAUGAAAGAUCAACCGCAACAACCGAUGGCGCCCAUGGCCUUCUACCCCACAUGGCAGGCUGAUCCCUCACAGGGUUGGCAAAAUCAAUUUAUCCAGCAAAUUCCACAGAACACACCACCCAUCACAUCGCUCAACUCUUUGGAUUUCCAAACGCAAUCGUAUGCCUACCCAUCAAAUGGUUAUGUGCAGACUGGGCUCGGAUUUGAUCCGAAUUACGGACGUUCUCCGUAUGGUGCGCCCGUACAGCGUUACGAUUUCCAGAGUCAACAACUCUCGACUGCACCCAUCAAUCAGGUGGGACUGCAGGGUGUUGGCUUCAGUCCGGCCGCCGUUACAUAUGCCGGUCAGGUGUCGACAGCGCCAGCACCGCCCUCGGUUGGUUUGCAACAGCAGCAGCAUUUGGGUGUGUCAUCUGGUGAUUUGAAUAAGACGAUGUCGGGAAACGACACGCCUGGAUAUCCGCGAGUGAGCAGCGUGCCGCCGCGCUCACUCAAUUGUAACGGGUAUUCAGGCGACUACAGCGGCUCAAGUCAACAACAGCAACAGACAACAACGAGCAACAACAGCUCAGCAGCUGCAGUAGCCGGCACCGCAAUUGCCGGCAACAAUGCGAACGCAACACCGCUAAAUGGUGGUCAAACUACAGCAGCAGCGACAACGGCUGCCAUUGAUGCAACACCGAUGCAACCGCCAGGCGUCCCCAAUGUGCCACAAUCGCCAACGCGUAGCCUGAUGCAACAACAACAACAGCAGCAGCAACAACAACAACAACCCCGCCAUGUUUCUCAGUCACCGAACCAUAUUGCACAAUCGCCCAACGGCAAUAUGCCGUCGGCACAACAGACCUACGGCACCAACAUUCCACCCUCGCCACAUCACAAUUCCAUGCAGCAACAACAACAACAGCAGCAGCAACAAGGGCAAAGCCACAUUGCAUCACCGCCACAAGCACAGCAACACCAGCAGCAACAGCAACAGCAGAUGCAACAAGACUGGAAUUGGAACAGUCAGUCACAACAGUCACCAGCGAUUGGCGCCGCCAGUGAUCCUUACCAGCAGGGUGAACGCGUUAAUCUGAAUACGCGUAUAAAAUCGAUGAUACUUCGGAAAAAUGAUCCCAAAGAUCCGCUCUCAAAUACCCCUACCGAUCUGCAUAUGUCCAGCAAUCCCGCAUCGCUCGGUGCCGGUUCCAAUGCGUUGGGCACAAACCAACAAGCGCAGACCGGUCAUUUUUUAUCGUAUAGCCACCAUCUCCGCGGCGAUUCAGUAAUGAACGCCAAUGGUACGACUGGUUCUAAUGUGUCUGCAACACAAGCUGCUCAACAACAGCAGCAGCAGCAACAACAACAGCAGCAAAUGCAAGGCAUACAAACGUCCAAUAGUUCGGGUUUGACACCCGGUCAUGGCACAUUAGCAGCCGAACCAAUAGGAGGUGGUGGCGAUCAAAUAUGGAAGCCACACCACACGAAUUCAUUUAAGAAACCGGUGGCAAGUAGUUUCCCCACAGCCGAACAUCAUCAUCAACAACAGCAUACAACAAUCAGUCAUGGUGGACACACCACUAUUGCACACACUGAAGUCCAACCGAAAAAAUCCAGUCGUAAGAGUAAAAGUCGGGCUGCAGCAGCGGAAGCAGCUGAACUCGAUAAGAAUAGCAAUGAUCCUGGUGGCGGACUCCAUGGUCCACUGCAUGGCUCACAUAGUAUAAAAUCAUUGGAUAAGACUGGCUACCCACCCUCACAUGGCUAUCCGCCGCCACAACAUCCUGACUACCACACGCCAUAUAUCAAGACCGAACCUGGUCUCUUGCCUGCCCAACAUACCAAAAUGGAGGGUUACGAGCGUAACUAUCAGAACUUCAUACAAUAUGCCGACUUUUGCCAGAAUGAGGUACAAGGCAUGCCAUCACAGCAGCAACACCACCAAAGUCAGCAGGAUUAUGCCAGUUAUCAUAACUCACCAUACUAUGGCGGCUCGAGCUCAUUCCAACAAAGUUAUCAGCAAAACUUUGUGCCCGGCUAUCAACAUUCGUCGGGUAGCAUGGGUUAUGGCAGUACGCACGGCAUGCAUCCGCAUCACUCCAGUUCACUUGGCCAUUCCAGCCACAUAAAAGCGUCCAACGGUCCACUAAUGAAGUCCAGUAGUAGUUCAAGCUUACAUCAUCACAACAACCAUCAUCUGAUGGAUAUUGACCGCAAACCGGAUACCAAUAGCAUCAUACCAUUGCCCACAAACUAUGAAAAAGACAUACCAGCCCAUGCGUAUCCCAUACCACCACAUCGGUAUCCACUAGGGCCAACGCCAUCGCACUUGGGUCACACAAUGAUUGAGCCGAAAAUCGAAGACUUGGGUGUGCUAUCUCAUAACACCAGUUACCCGUUUAUGGGUGAAGGUGGACCAGCUGCUAUUAAAAAUAGUUCUGGUUUUUCGUGUUGCCGACAAGGCGGCACACGCACACCCACCGCGGAACAUCUCAAAGGCGGCACUUGUACGGGUAUACAAACUAAGGAUGAAAUUAUGGAUGAGCCAAUAGAAGAGCCUGAAGUAAAUAACGGCGCAAAACCUAAGAAAAAGGGCGCAAAGCAGGAAGAUAAUGAAAUUGUCGUUAAGCAUGAGAAAAUCAAUCCAAUGUUUGAUACCUCAGAUAGAUUGGAAAAGGGCAACAAGACGGAGAUACCGGAGUGUGAGUGCUUUCAUUCCGACAAGAAUCCACCCGAACCGGGAACAUACUAUACGCAUCUCGGUACUGCAUCGACUUUAUCGGAACUGCGUAGAGAGUUCGAAGAACGUUGUCAAAUUUCUGGUAGGCAGUUGCGUAUAGAGAAGAUUAUUUACACGGGCAAGGAAGGGAAGACCACGCAAGGUUGUCCAUUGGCUAAAUGGGUUAUACGGCGCGCCGAUCCAGAGGAAAAAAUUUUGGUUGUUGUCAAGAAGCGACCAGGUCACAGGUGCGGCGCUGCUUUCAUCAUCGUGUGCAUGGUUGCUUGGGAUGGCAUGCCGCGUCUAGAAGCGGAUAAUGCUUAUAAAAAUCUAAUACCAAAGCUUAAUAAAUUCGGACUUCCAACAACGCGUCGCUGUGCCACCAAUGAAAGUCGCACCUGCGCAUGUCAAGGUCUUGAUCCUGAAACAUCGGCUGCCUCGUAUAGUUUUGGCUGCUCUUGGUCCAUGUACUACAAUGGCUGUAAGUAUGCACGCUCGAAGACGGUGCGCAAAUUCCGACUGUCCGUUAAAAGUGAAGAGUCGGCCAUCGAAGACCACAUGAAUCUUUUGGCCACAGUGUUGGCACCACUCUUCAAACAAGUUUGCCCCCGUUCAUAUGACAAUCAAACCAAGUACGAGAAGGAGGCAACAGACUGUCGUCUGGGGCUGGAAACUGGACGACCCUUCUCUGGCGUUACAGCGUGUCUAGACUUUUGUGCGCAUGCACAUAGAGAUUUGCACAAUAUGCAGGACGGCUGUACAGUGCAAGUAGCGCUGCUGAAACCAUCAAAUCGUGAUGGACGUCCACCCGACGAUGAACAGUUGCAUGUGCUACCGUUAUACACCAUGGAUACGACGGACGAAUUCGAAAGCAUGGAGGGACAACGUGAGAAGCAUCGCACCGGCGCGGUACAAGUGUUGGACAAAUUUCCCUGUGAAGUACGUGUGCGCUCCACACCGCUCAUACCUUGCCGGCGACAUGGCAAAAAGCGAAAAGAGGACGAAACGCCCGCACCUGAUGCCGAAGCGGCAGCCACUACGGCCGCCACAACGCCGACAACACCAACGCCUACUGCCACGCCGCAAUCGACGAACAAUGCCGCUAACGCCAACAACAAUAACGGAAACAAUGGCACUGCUAACGCGGCUAACAACAACACCAACACGACCACAAUCAACGGAAAGAAGGAAGGUGGCGGUAGCAAUGGUAAAUCAAAGUCGAAAUCAAAAGCGGGGGCCGCAGUCAAUACCGCAGCCACAACACCGUUAUCAGCACCGCCAUCCACACCGUCGCCGCGCUGUCAAACGCCAGUAACCAACAAUCCCAGUCCGGCUGGCAGUGCUUUCACGACACCGCCAGUGAACAAUAACAACAACCCACAUAUGAAUACCGCUGUGAACAACGCGGUCGGAGGUAACCCACCUAAUCAGCUCAUGUCGUCCAAUUCCAGUCUAAUGAAUAUGGCGACUAUGAUAGAUACCUUCACAGAUGCGCAAUUGCAAUCCAAUCAGAUCUCAAGCACGGUGCUCGAUUCGCCCUACUCGUACGACUACCAAACGGGUUCCUACAUAGACUCACGCAACUACUACGGCAAUUGGCCACCGCCGCAUGCCACGCACGCCACACACGCGGUUGGCAUGAGCGCAGCACCAGGCGCCACCGCAGCACCGAUGGCACCGCCGCAAGGCAACGUACAUCACACCACCACCGCCGCACCGCUAACACCACAUCACGACACGACCAAUGCAACAUAUGCUAGCAACUACAAUAAUCUACCAACGGCUGGUAGUCAACAGCUGACGCAAGUGCAUGACGUGCGCGGCGAUGUGAAGAGCCGCGGCAGUGAGGAGAACCCCGACUCAACCACCAUAGUGAAUAAUACUUUAGCUGAAAGUAAGUUGACCACACUCACUCCAUUGACACCAAUGACUAAUCUAACACAACACCAUCAACAUCCACACCAUCAUGCUACGCCCAUUGAAGAAGGCUUUGUCAAACCAAAACCACCGGCAGACUAUCAGUACACCCAGUACCCAAGCAACUAUCAAAUGUAUCCGCCGCCACAUUCGGCCUACUCCGCCUACGACGCGUACCAAAAUAUGAACUACAACUAUGGUUAUCAUCAGGCCUACUCACCGUACAGCAUGUAUCCGCAGCAAACACCGCCGCACACGCCACCACCACCAUCACCGAACUGGAAUAUGUACGGUCAUCAUCAGAGCACCGCCUCCACGGCUGCAUACGCAACCACAGUGCUACCGCCAAACGGUGGUACGCAUCAGCACGCUUCGUUAGCCACCGCCAUACCGCAGGCGCAAACGCAAAUGCCGCUCUCCAAUGGCAAUCUGAAGAAUGCGUUAUCCACACCAGUGGCACAGAUCACACCAACAGUUGACGCUCAACAGAUGCAGCAAGUGCAAACGCAAACGCCGGUGCAGACGCAAACGCAGCUGCCAAUGGUGCAAGCGCAGACUGUGCUGCCCGAUCUCAACAACGGCAAUGCGCAGCCGACGCCAUUAAACACGGAGCUUACGAACUCCAAUCCGACGCUGAUUGCAAAUGCUAAUGUAACGUCACCCAUUGCCAAUACCGCUGUGCCGACAACACCAAUUACUGCUAUCAACAAUGAUAACAGCAACAACAGCACGAGCAAUAGCAAUGACAACGGUAGUCCAACAGCAUUGAAUGGCGCUGCAACCGAUACGGGCGCAAGCACAUGCGGAACAAGUAGCAGUACCAACACAACAACAACGGCAACCACCACUACUGCCACAGCGGCGGUGGCAACCACCUCCAAUCCGAACAAGUUGGAACCGAUUGGCGAAGUAACGGAAAUCAAUGACAAUUACGAAGCAUUCGCCGAUCCACAAAUGGGUGGUGUGGCCAUUGCGCUCAAUCACGGCAGCGUACUGAUCGAGUGCGCCAAGCACGAGUUGCAUGCAACAACGGCAUUGCGCAAUCCCAAUCGACACGAGCCGACGCGCAUGACACUCAUAUUCUACCAACAUCGUAAUUUGAAUCGUGCGCGUCACGGUAUUGACGAGUGGGAGGAGAAGAUGCGUGUGAAGAAAAUCAAUACAGACCUCGAUAAUAAAGCCAAAGAAGAACGUGAAAAGUUGAAGAAAGAACGUGAAGGUGGCGAUGGCGAAGAAGACGAAGACGACGCUGAAGGCGCGCUCACAAAUGGCACUGCACAAGGCAGCAACAGCGGUACGGGCGGCGGUGGCAGCGCCAAGAAGGACGGUACGAACGCAACAAAUAACGGUAAUUGUGGUAGUGUGGCAACACCAAUGGAGACGACAACGCUGGCAAAUAACGCAGUAGCGGCACCGGCAACAGUGAAGAGCAGCGGGAAUGGCGGUUCGGCAAGCAAAAAGAAAAAGGAUUCGGGCAAAAAGCGGGAAAGCAUCACUCCACGCGCCAACACUAACAACCACCUCAUGGACGACCCUCUUUCCUAUGCACCCGUGUGUGGUUACGGGACCCUACCAGGAGGGCAACACUAGUCCCACAGCGGCAGCAAACGUGCAACAGCAGCAACAGGAAUUGCAACAGCAGCAGCAGCAGCAGCAGCAACAGCAAUUGCAGCAAGAACCGCUUAA